UGGGCCAGGAGCAUCUGUGCUCGGCUUCUGGUCUACGCCGGGGCUGUUGGGGGCUGGUAAACAGAACAGACUCUUGGCCAGGCAGAUGGCCUCUCGAUGGCCAAGCGUGGGGGUCUCCAUGCGCAGGAGAUCUCUCCAGGACCACAAGCAGCUGGAGGAGAACGAGGUGCUGGAGACCUCCAGCAGGGCCCUGGGCUCCCUCUGCAGACAGUUCCAACGGAGGCUGCCCCUGACAGCAGUCAGCCUCAACCUGGGGGCAGGCCCCUCCUGGAAACGCCUGAAAACCCCAGAACCAGGGCAGCAGGGCCUCCAGGCUGCAGCUCACUCAGCUAAAAAUGCCUUUGGUGCCAUGUCACAGCGAAUCCAGGAGUCCUACCAAAGUGGCACCAAGUGGCUGGUGGAAAACCAGGUGAAAGCCAGGAGGAGGAAGAGAGAAGCACCGAAGGGCAGUAGCCCCCCAGCUCGCAGCCUGAACCACAGGAGCACCCACCUGUCUGGAACCGCCCCUGCUCACUCAAUCCUGGGCCCCUGGGAGAGGGAGCGUCACCACCUCUCCACCCAGAUGGGCUCUCGUGCUCACCCACUUCGGCGGUCCAGGAGGGAGGCUGCCUUCCGGAGCCCCUACUCCUCUACAGAGCCCCUCUGCUCCCCCAGUGAGUCUGACAGCGACCUGGAGCCUGUGGGGGCAGGAAUCCAGCAUCUCCAGAAGCUGUCCCAAGAGCUGGAUGAGGCCAUUGUGGCCGAAGAGAGCAGCGAUAUGACUAUGUCUCUCCUUCGUGAUUGAGGAUCGUGCCCUUCAGGAAAGAAACCAUACCUGUCUCCCACGCCCCCCGCACCCAGGAUCUGUGCCUCCCCAUGAGUUCCUGGAAGAAGCCCCUUGUCCACUGCUAACAAGGAAACGACUAACAAAGGGCCCAGGUAGGGGCUGCUCUGGGCCUCUGCUCUCCUGCUCCAGCUACACCUGAACCUGCCAGUGACUGCCUGCCACAGCCCGAGAAUGACUCAGGAAGACCUGGGAGGGUGGGAGCACUGCCCAUCCUACUCCCCUUGUGGGCUUUGAAACACACCCCACACUUGAGCCUUGUGUUUGCCUCGUUUACAACAUGAAGCAGACUCCAGAAGACACUUGAGAGCACUGACCUGUGCACGCAGGAGGCGGGCAGGGGGGUCUGCAAAGAGUCACCUCCUGUGUCGCCAAGUGCCUAGGCUCUUGGGAACCAGCUCCCGUCCCUGCUCUGGAAGAUGGGUUGGGAGGGAUUUCCAGGCUCUGAGACCCUGGGCCCUCAAGUGCUUAUUUAUAUUCUCAGCACAGGGCACUGUGGGUGUGCAGGGAGGGGCAGCACUGCUCAGCAGCAAUUUCUGCCCUUCGUAAAUUAUUUAAGAAAUCUGCUUUGUCAUUUUAUUCGAAAGAAACCAGUGUGUAACUUUCUUAGAUAACGUGGCUUUUUCAUAAUAAAGACUCCCUUUCUGUAUCUGACAUCUCUUCUCUGUCACCGCUGUCUCCCAUGCCUCUCUGAGCCAUAGGUCUGUGGUUUGGAGCCAGGUUUUUUUUUUCCCUUCACUCACCCCCACUCCGAGCCA